AUGGUACAACGGAUAUUAUCUCCUCUAAAAUCAAGAGCAAACCCAGUGAAGCUAAUGGCUGCAUCACUGCUCUUUACCACCUUUUCCACCAUCACUACCCACCAGCUUUUAAUUCUCCCUCAAGAUAUACAAAAGAUCAUCAAGGAAUACUGUGAGAGGACGGACAUAGAGUCUCUCAGAACAGCUCAGCGACAAGAUCAUUACCUGAGAGCUCCAGGAUCUCCUCUGCUAGGAAAUCUGAUGCCCGGCUCUCUCUUCAGCUAA